AAAACCACCAAAGACCACCAUAUACCCCCACCCCCACUUUACCCUUUUACUCAAACCCCACACCCACCAACACAACAACUACUACUACUGCCUUGUCAUCUCUCAAAUCCCAUGUUAAACAAACUGGUUUCUUGAUCCAAACAUCAUGUUACUACUUCUUGCUAUUAUUACCAACUCAUUUUGUCCAAAGGUAUAACGUUACUGGUGAAAUUGGUCCACUGAGGUGGUUUUAGAGCCUGUUAUCAAGUUUUUAUUCGUGAAUAAACGCUGUUGUGUACGUGCAUUGCAAUUGGCAUCUGCUGAUAUAGCUAGGUUGGCCUAAUGGGUUCUCGGUUCCCAUCUCAUAAGUUGGGCAAUGGCCUUUAUGUAUCUGGCCGGCCUGAACAGCCAAAAGAAAAGACUCCAACUAUGAGUUCAGUUGCCAUGCCUUAUACUGGUGGUGAUAUCAAAAAGUCCGGAGAACUCGGGAAAAUGUUUGAUAUCCCAACUGGAGGGGCACGGAAAUCCGGACCUAUUAACAAUGCCCCAACAAGAACGGGAUCAUUUGGUGGUGCUGCUUCUCAUUCCGGUCAACUAAACUCAAGCAACCGCAUGGUUUCUGGUGGUACUGGAUCUGUUUCUUUGAAAAAGACAAACUCUGGGCCUCUAAAUAAACACGGGGAGCCUAUAAGGAAGUCGAGUGGGCCCCAACCUGGAGGGGCUCCUGUUAGUUCCCGCCAAAAUUCUGGCCCGAUUCCUCCAGUUCUACCUACCACGGGCCUCAUUACAUCCGGGCCCAUUUCUUCAGGCCCACUAAAUUCAGCUGGUGCUCCGCGGAAGGUGUCGGGUCCGUUGGAUUCCACUGGCUCAAUCAAGCUACAAAGUUCUAUUGUUAAUAACCAGGCGGUUACUAAGCUAAGCCAUGGUGAAGAAUAUUCCUUCCGAAAGAGCUUCCCGAAGUCAAUACUUUGGUCUAUAAUUCUUCUAUUUGUGAUGGGAUUUAUUGCUGGGGGAUUUAUUCUUGGUGCUGUUCACAAUCCCAUUCUGCUUGUCGUUGUUGUUAUCCUCUUUGCCAUUGUUGCUGCAGUAUUCACAUGGAAUACUUGUUAUGGAAGAAGUGCUAUUGUUGGUUUCAUUUCUCAGUACCCUGAUGCUGAGCUUAGAACUGCAAAAGAUGGUCAAUUUGUUAAAGUAUCUGGUGUAGUUACAUGUGGAAAUGUUCCUCUGGAAUCUGCAUUCCAGAAGGUUCCUAGAUGUGUUUAUACAUCCACUAGCUUAUACGAAUACCGGGGUUGGGAUUCAAAAGCUGCCAAUCCAGAACAUCGUCGUUUCACUUGGGGCCUUCGUUCCCUGGAGAGGCAUGUUACGGAUUUCUACAUCUCUGACUUCCAAUCUGGAUUAAGGGCAUUGGUGAAAACUGGAUAUGGUGCAAGGGUAACCCCUUAUGUUGAUGAAUCUGUUGUUGUGGACAUCAAUCCAUCAAAUAGGGACAUGUCCCCCGAUUUUAUCAGGUGGCUAACUGCCAGAAAUCUAUCCAGUGAUGACAGAAUAAUGCGAUUGAAAGAAGGGUAUAUAAAAGAAGGUAGCACGGUCAGUGUAAUGGGAGUUGUCCAACGAAAUGAUAAUGUCCUUAUGAUUGUUCCUCCGCCUGAGCCGUUUUCAACAGGAUGUCAGUGGGCUAAAUGCAUUCUUCCAGCCAGUCUGGAUGGCGUUGUACUGAGAUGCGAGGACAGUUCAAAGAUUGAUGUCAUUCCAGUGUAGCCGAUGAAGGCCCUACUGUUUUUGGUAUGAAAGUUGUUGCAAAAUCCUCUUUUCCGUAGUAAUGAGGAUGGCGUCUCCACUCGGUUAACAAGGUGUAUAGUUUGUCAAUCCUAUUUUUUGCUUUUUUUUUUUUUCUUUUGCCCGUAAUGGUGUUGGUGUGAUUAGUAUUAUAAUAGAGGAAACGUGUUGAUUAAUGAGGAUUUUUUGAGGGAGUUCUUAUGGCCAGAGAACUUUUAUAUAUUUUUAUUCAUGUGGGGGCUUGUCAAAAUCUGUUUGUCCUGAAAAAAAAACAAGGUAUGUUUAUUUGGUUUGAUGAAUUCUUUUGUGGCCUCUUAGCCACUUUCAA